ACCACAUCAACCAGAAAUGGGGUACAAUCGUUGGUGAUUUUGCUUUCAAAGAGUGGCAAUGGCACUUAACAAAAUUCAAGUCAGAAGAAGAAGAAGAAGAAGCCCUCUUGGAUCAAAAUUGCUCACUUGGGUCUUUCUGGUGGCAAGUUUUGGUUUCCAGCUCAAUUUUACCGGGGACCAAGGGUUCGAGACGCCUUAUUUCGCUAUGACUCCACAAGUCAAACCUUCACAGCAAGAAUGGUUUUAUGCUGUUAUUGGUCACUUGGACUCAUGUAAUGAGAACGAGGAGUACUGUUGCUGUCGUCAUUCAGAUUUCGAGGUGAAGAGUAAAGACAAAUAACCCCGUCAAUAAGACGGUCUCUAAAUCAUUAUUGAGAUUCCCACAAUCAUAAUAAUGUCUCCCCACAAGAACUCUCUACCAAAAUUGGAGAACCAAGAAGACCGUAAGAUUUCUCUCUUGGAUUUGCCAGGGUGGACCUUGGAUAUCAUUCUUGAGCUCCUUCCACCAUCAGAUUUGUGCAGGGUAGCAAAAGUGUGUACUUAUUUGAGAAACAGAUGCAGAAGUGAUGAUUUGUGGGACAAACAAGUGAAGCAGAAGUGGAGUAACCUAAUUGGUGAUGUUGCUCUUCAAGAGUGGCAGUGGCAUACAACAAAGAUAAACACACAAAGCAUCUUGCUUCUGCAAAAUCAGAGUACAGGAUCAUGUGGCUCUUUUAGUGGUGUUUGGCCUUCUCUAAGCCUUCAUUCUUAUUUGGAAAAUUUUGGAGAUUUGACUAGUUUGUUUCAAAAAUAUUCCAAAAUGGCUCUGCUUGUUUGUCUUGAGAGUGGUCGCUUCUGGUUUCCUGCCCAAGUUUAUAAGAGAGUACCACUGUAUUGUUAUGAUGCCAUAGUCAGCUAUGACUCUAAAACAGACACCUUCCGAGCAAGGUCCCCAAAUAAUGGGUGGCGAAUGAUUGAGGGAAACAUUGAGUGGGAUAGGUUGAGAUCAUCACCAGUUGAGAAUUUUUCGAGGAAAUUUUAUUUGUCUGAUAUGAAUGAUUUGAAGCCAGGAGAUCAUAUUGAGAUUCAAAAGAGAAAACGCAAAGAAUACCCUUAUGAUUGGUGGUUUGCUAUAGUUGGUCAUCUGGAGUCAUGUGAUGAGAACGUGAAUCAUUGUCUUUGCCAACAGAGUGAUAUGUUGGUGGUGGAGUUCAAGCAAUACCAACAUGGGAGUCGAUGGAGAAGAUCAGUACUGAACAGAAAUGUGUAUGAGGAACAGGGCUCUAGGCUUUGCUGGAUGGGUGGAAUAAGAAAACUUGAUAAGGAAGAGGAGAUUGAAAGAUGGAACAGCCUCUUGAGUUCUAGAAAUAAUUGACCCUUCCGUGGACAAAAUGCAUAAAGUUGCAUCUUAGUUGUUUCAUGCAGUAUUAGAAUAUGCUAUUUGCUUUGCAAUGGAAUUGUAUUUCUCACAUUUAACAUGCUUGGUCUUGAUCAAUUCCUUCGUAGGGGAGGUGCUAUACAAAAAAGGGUCCAGAUAUAGAGAUUAGUUCCCUGCAGUAUGUGUUCCUAAGCUCAGUUAUAGCUUCUAGUUUGGAUUUGUAUUGGUUUUCUCUUUUGGCCUUUGGGCGGUUCUCUUGUAAUUAGUGGGUUGGAGUACCCCGAGUACUCCUAUUAAUAUACUUUUGCUUACCCAAUUUUAUUUUCA